AUGGCCGCCUCCGCCGGGACGAGCGGCUCCCCCCUCGGGAUGGAGCUCGCGUCCCCCCCCACGGACGGGAUCACCUCCCUAAACUUCUCCCCCGACAGCGGUCUGCUCCUCGCGACGUCGUGGGACGGCGGCGUGCGCGUGUACGACGCGGAUCCCGCGCGCGAUCGAUCCUCCCAGCGGCAGCACUUCGCCACCCCCGGCCCGGUCCUCGACGCGUGCUUCGCCGAGGCCGGCGGGACCGCGGUGAUCAGCGGCGGGAUCGCGAAGGUGGUGACCCGCCACGAUCUCAUGACCGGCGCGGAAGAAGUCCUGGGGUCCCACGACGCCGCGGUGAAGGCGGUGGCGUACGACGAUGACACCGGGCUGGGGAUCUCGGGCGGAUGGGACAAGACGCUCCGCGCGUGGGACCCGCGCCUCCCGCCGGAGCGCCGUUGCGUCGCGCGCGUGGACCUCCCGGACAAGGUCUACUCCAUGAGCAUCAACCCGCCCAGCAGCAGCGCGAACAAGAAGAUCGUCGUCGCCAUGGCGGGGCUGGGGAUCCACGUGUACACGCCGCUCGGGUUGACGCUCGGCGGCGCGCCGGAGCAGACGAGGACGUCGACGCUGUCGCAUCAGACGCGCGUCGCGCGCUGCUUCCCGGACGGGACCGGGUUCGCGGUCGGCAGCGUGGAAGGGAGGGUCGGGUGGGAGUAUUUCGAUCGAUCGGAGGAAGCGAUCGCGAGGCAGUACGCGUUCAAGUGCCACAGGAGCAAAGAGGGCGGCGUGGAGACGAUUCAUCCGGUGCACGCGAUCGCGUUUCACGAGAAGCUCGGGACGUUCGCCACGGGAGGCGGGGACGGGUUCGUGAACGUGUGGGACGGCGGGAAUAAGAAGCGUCUGUAUCAGUACCCGAGGUAUGCCACGAGCGUCGCCGCGCUGGCGUUCAACGCGGAAGGGGACGCGCUCGCGAUCGCGGCGAGUUACGUCGGGGAGGAGGGAGAUAAGCCCGCGCCGGCGGAUGCGAUUUUCGUGCGCGCCGUCGACGCCGCGGAGGUGACGCCGAAGCCGCGGAGCUGA